GUUAUGGUUGAAAUGUCGCCGUUCGGAUCAGUUACCGAGAGAGAGUAACAAGUGUAGAUUCCAACAUGUAACCUAUAUAUGUAGGUCUACGAUACAGUGGUGAGAUUAUCUGUUUUGAAUCAUUCGUAUACCUACAUCUUUUGGACAAUUCACUUAUAUUAACCGUGUGACUAAGCGUCUUUUUCAGUGUAGUAUAGUCAGUGAACUGUUAGGUCGGUGUAUAUCAUUUGCAAUACAGGACUUCAUAAUGUCAGGCAGGAUGUGGGACAGCCGUGAAUUACAGCACACAUCAUUAGAUUUCGACAACAGAAGAUCAAAGAUAUGAAUCUAAGGACUGGUACGAGGAAAAUUCUGUAAAAUCGCCGCACGAUGGGAAAAGAGACGGAUCUUUUGAAGGCUGUAAAAAACAAUGAUAAGAUAAAACUUCAGAAACUGUUCCUACCUGAAGGCGACUUUAAGGUGCAAAAGGCUGACAGUCCUGCUGGAGGGAUCCGCCUGCGCCUGAAGCACAUAAAUGUGGAUUGUCACGAACGUGGGUCUGGUUACACACCGCUUAUACUGGCCAUCCUUCAUGGCCAUAAAGAGGUGUUGGAGAGUUUGAUAUUCCAUGCUGCUGAUGUAAAUGCCACGGACAGCAAAGGAAACACAGCCUUACAUAUCGCAGUUUUCAGUGACAGAAAUGAUAUGGUAGAAAUACUCCUGAAAAACAAAGCCUCAGUUAACAUCGCCAAUAUCGAUGGAAACAGCCCGUUACAUAUUGCUUGUCAAAACUCCACAUCCAACAACGUCCAGUUAAUUCUUAAACUGCUUCAGGCAGGCGUUGAAACAGAUCUGAAAAAUAAACAAGGACUACUUGCCCUCGACCUAGCUGCCAUGUUUAACAGAAAAGAUGCAGCAUCCGCCAUACUGGACCAUGUGCCCAAGUUAAAACGAAAUACGUCUGCUAUCAUACAUGCAGCAAUCAGAGGGCACCGUGAAAUUGUUGAACUUAUGCUGAACUACGGGUUCGACCCAAAUAAAAUCGAUGCGUCAAAACAAACAGGCCCUCUGCAUGAGGCUGUGCGCUUUUGCAGGAUUAAUGUGGCAAAAACUUUGUUGGAGUAUGGAGCAAGGAAAGAUUUGGUGUCUGGUGAAAUUCAGAGCCCAGAAAUGAUUGCUAAAGGACUUCCUAGCCAGAAAGCAUCAGAAUUUUUGUCUCUAUUUUCAGAAAAUAUUGGCAAAGAUCCGAAAGUCCCCAAAUAUUUGUCUGAUGGGAAACAGGAUUCUGUUCAUAUAAAGACAGAUUAUCCUCUAGUUCCACACUGCAAGGAUUGGACUAAGAACACCCCAACUUUUUGCAAUAGCUGUACAGCCAGUAAUCCCAAUACAAACCUUCUCGACGGUGAUCCAAGUACCUUUUGGGUUAUCCCUUCGAAGCACAAUGCCUGGACUGUGUUUGAUAUGGGGCAUCAGCAUAUUAUUACAGGGAUGAGAAUUUGGGGAUGGAACAGCCCUCAGAUGGUGAAAAAAAUGGAGAUACAGAAAGCAGAGAUUUUGCAAGGACCAUGGUGUUCUGUUGCUACAGUUUUUUGUAAACGCCUUGGUAACUCCAAACCAACGGACCCAGGCACACCACAGGACUUCUUCAGUUUUACGGACCAGUCACAAUACUGGAGGCUUGUUGUUCUUGAAAAUUAUGGCGGAAACUGCAUCUGUUUCCAAGGCAUUCAGUUUUACGGCGCGGACAGCAGAGUUUCCAAACUACUGGAAGAACACCACCUUAGCGCAUUCACAGACAAAAUCAUUCAAAAGGGGUACAACACUUUUGAAAAGCUGACGAUGGCAGAGCCUGUACCGCUCAGUGAAAUUAUAUCAGAUGAAGAAUUGGCAAAUACCUUAUUGAGGCAUUUAAAAGAGCUCAGACUAUUAUUGCAUCCUUUUUCCCAUCUAUCCUGGUUAGUACCUCCGGUUACUGUUGCGACUGAGGGAGAACCAAUUCCAGAUUUUAGUGUCCAAUCUGACCCAGAUGUAACAGAGGAGGUGGAACUCUUUGUUCAAGGAUCAGAGAUGAGAGGCAAAACGAAAGUGACAUUGCAGCCUUCUGCUUCAAAUAAAGGGUCUUUGGCAACAUUCGGUAAUAUUGUUUUCACGAAAGCUGGUCUUUGCACUCUGAAGGUCCAGAGCGUGCGCUUUCCUCAUAUAUGCUUAACUUGCGAACAUUCAUUGGAUAUUCGAGCAAAGCCUAAAAGUGACACAGAAAUAGCUGCGGCUUUCGAUGAUAUAACAUCCAUGCUAGAAGAGGCCAAGCUCUCUCUGGACGUUCCUGCGGUAGAUACAUUCACCGUUCCGGAAAUAACAUGGUUGUGAUAAAAGAAACCUAGUGUAAUAGAGCUUUCCAACUGUCAAUGAAAAACACGCAGUUGUCAAAUAAUAAGCAUUAUUUUUGUAAAUAGGCAAACCGUGUGACCCACACAUUGGUUACAAAUAUUCAAUCUUUCUGUGACGUCAUGAGGUCACAAUUGCUUUCACCGAGAAUGCGUGAAAUGUAACGUUGUCACGAGAAGGGGUGGUGCGCCAUCGGAAGUAUUGUCACUGUGACAAAUUUCACUGUAGUUUUACAGUGAAAAGUGCUGGCAAUUUUGUGACCAGUUCUUUUCACUGUAGAUGUACAAGAUGUGCUGUUUAAUAUUUACACCCAAAAUAGUAGCAUAUUUCCACAUAUACCAUUGUAAACAUUCAAUUAACUCCAUUGCAAAUUAACAAAAUGUACAUAUCUACAAAACCAACAAACAAACAAAAAACUGUACAUUUACAGCAAACUGCGCUGUAAAUGGUCAGACCGCUACAGUUUUACAGACAAUGCUUUUAAAAAAAACAUCGACUAGAGUAAAAUUAUACCACAUAGGUGCAGGAUUGCGUUGGAAAAUGGUGUAAAAUAUUUACAACAUGAUUUACUGUAACAACAUACAGUGGUUCAAGCUAUAGAUUUGCAUUCAAUUCUUACAGUGCUGGAUCCAUCCAUUACGUCACUCUCUGAAUAUAUUUGUUAAUCAAAUUUAAUUUGAAGCUUGUAAUGUUCUAAUGACAAGGGCUUUAAGACCAGUUUCUCCGUCCGCUCGUUUAUGUUUUCGUCCGUAUUUGCAUAGUUUAACAGUGAAUAAACUUGGUGGAUUUCUCCAGAACUUUUAAUCAGGAUUUAAACAAAUUUGGUGUGAAAGAGACAUGCACGUAUAUUGCAAUACUAUUUUAUUUCAUGACCUAUUGUCGAUUUCAUUAAAACGGACAUGCUUAUCAUUCAAUAAACAUGUAUGCAUGACUGUUUUUUCAUUUUUACGUGGUUAUUAAAAUCCGGAAGGUGAGGUAUAGAUAUGCAUUUAAAAUGUUACUUGACCAUAUUUAAAAGCAUGCUAAUAUUAACUGUUAGUGGUUAUGUGAGAUGUAUGUAAAUUGCAGAUGUGUUACCUAAAAUUACGUAAUGUAUAUACGAAUGGUGACAACAUUGACUUGAAACUUAGUCCAGUGUGUACUGGGCUGAGUAUAUACUGCGAUGUGCCGUUGCCUAUAAUAAUGUGGUUUAAAACUGAGGCAUCGAUAUGUGGCUAAUAAAUCGAUGAGUCUGCUGUAAUUUUUAAUGAAAGUGUUUUCUUUUACCAUAAUGACAAACUCUGGGUUAGAAAUCAGCCUGAUGGCGUGAUGUGCAAGUUAAUGGGUGAAGUUAAGUGAAGUGUUAUGCAAUCUAUUGAAUAGACAAACGCAUGAUAUAUCCUAUUAUACGCUAUCAGUUCAACAGAACUAUGCCGCAUCUUUCCAGAGCUCAAUCAUUUAAUAAUCAGUGUACAUAUAUCUAAUAACUUUUAUACACAUACGUUUUGAUUAUGAUUCAUUCCUGGUAUUGUGUUUUUUUGUUUUUUUUGUCUUAAAAUAUUUCAAAGGGGCAUCACAUUCAACAUUUCUGUGUCUUUCACGAUUUAAUAAAUUUUGGAUAA